AUGAUUUUGAUGGAGGAUGAAGCAGAAGGCACGCCUUUCCAUGACGAAAUAGACGAGGUCUUAGUGAAGUGCACGGAUCAAAGGUCGAUGGAGUAUGAAAUGCAAGGAAAACAGAAAAUAUAUGGACUUUUAGACCCAUUCUAUGAACUUCAUAUGUUGAUUUAUCACACUUGCUCUGAUGACGACACGGCUUGGAAACAAGAUCAGAUUCUUGACCCGGUUCCAGUUUUUGACACAAACAUCAAACGUACCGAAGACUUCGUUUUGACUAAAGCAAUUCAAGUCGAAAGUCUUUCUGGCAAAUAG